AUGUCUUCCCCUAGGACGGUACCGCUAUCAACGCAUCUCCAUUAUCUAUCCCAGUGUCUAGAAUUAGCGUCCCAGUCGCCCCCUAAACCAACCAACUUUCGUGUGGGGGCUAUCCUGCUUCUCCGUCUCUAUCCCAGCAGCGAUACCGCGGAACUUAAGGAAACGAUACUGUCAACAGGGUACACUCUAGAGCUACGCGGAAACACCCACGCAGAACAGUGCUGUUUUGCAAAGCUCGCCUCCCAUUAUGGUGUGGCUGAGGAGGAUCUUGGAGAAAUUCUAGAAAAGAAACGAGGCAGCGAGGCUCAGAUAGAGCUAUACGUUACCAUGGAGCCAUGUGCGAAAAGACUUUCCGGUAACAAGCCUUGUGUGGAUCGUAUCAUCGAAACAAGGAAAGAUGGGAAAAACGGUGUUGACAGGGUAUAUUUCGGCGUGAAGGAGCCAGGAACUUUCGUCGGCCAGUCCCAAGGCUGUAAGAAGCUUGAUGAGGCUGGUGUUCAAUGGAACCUUAUCGAGGGGAUGGAAGAUCAAAUAUUAGAAAUUGCAAUGGCCGGGCACGAAAAGCAGGAGAAACAUAGCUCAAGGGUAGAUGAAGCGGAUCAGACUGUCUUGGUUGAUAGAGCUGAGGAAGAGGCACGCAGGGGAGAGCCCAUCCCAAGAAAUCCCAAAAAAAGAAUGAUGGAGGGAGGAUAG